AUGCACUUUAUGGUCUACGUACACCUAGGUGAGAAUCGUGCUCGAUAUUUCGAGAUCAUUCAUGAUGCAUUGAUUUUCGCCUUAGAAGUUGCCAAAGUGAAUGCUGAAAGGUUGGAGAUCAAACUUAUGGAACUUAUUCUACACCGGCCCGCAGCAGAUCCUACACACACCCUCAACUUCUCAAGGCCUGAAAAAACCCAAUUUUUUCCUCUGCAAAUUUGCCGUCUCCUCCAUCAGAACAGAGCCUUCAAAUUGCGUCGUCGGCUCUGCUUCUGUUCUCUCACUCAAAUCAUUCUCCGACAACAACAGGCUAAUCCUCCCACUGGCCGCAUAAUCCUCUCCAAUUGUUCGAAUUUCGCAGUGAUUGGAUUUGAUAUACCCCGUUUGAGAAAGGGUAUAAGGAUGGGUUCGAGUGGCGGGUGGAAGCCUGAGGACGAAGGACUACGGGAGAUCUGUGGGCUGUUGCAGCAGCAGAUGGCUCCCACCUCCGACGACAAGUCGAUGAUAUGGCAGAAGCUCCAGCACUACUCCCAGUUCCCGGAUUUCAAUAAUUACCUCGCCUUUAUUUUUGCCCGCGCCGAGGGAACUUCAGUGGAGGUUAGGCAAGCAGCAGGCUUGCUUUUGAAGAAUAACCUGAGAAGUGCAUAUGAAAGCAUGCCACCAGCUAACCAACAGUAUAUAAAGUCGGAGUUGUUACCUUGUAUGGGAGCAGUGGAUAGGCAGAUCAGAUCAACAGCUGGGACCAUUAUUAGCACACUCGUUCAGAUUGGGGGAGUUGCUGGAUGGCCUGAAUUGCUACAUGCAUUAGUGAAGUGCUUAGAUAGUAACGAUGUCAAUCAUAUGGAAGGUGCUAUGGAUGCUUUGUCUAAGAUUUGUGAAGAUGUGCCUCAUUUGCUUGAUGCUGAUAUCUCUGGAUUAUCUGAGCGACCAGUUAAUGCUUUUAUUCCAAGAUUCCUCCAGCUUUUCCAAUCACCGCAUACUGCCCUAAGAAAGCUUUCUUUGAGUUCGGUUAAUCAGUACAUUAUGCUAAUGCCAAGAGUUCUGUCUUUGCAAAUGGAUAAAUAUUUGCAAGGUUUGUUUCAUCUUGCCAAUGAUCCAGCUGCAGAGGUGCGGAAGCUGGUAUGUUCUGCAUUUGUUCAGCUAAUUGAAGUUCGUUCUGCUGUCUUGGAGCCACAUUUGAGGAACGUAAUCGAAUAUAUGUUGCUAGUCAAUAAGGACCCAGAUGAUGAAGUGGCUUUAGAAGCUUGUGAAUUUUGGUCUGCUUAUUGUGAAGCUGAAUUGCCUCCAGGAAACUUGCGAGAGUUUUUACCACGUCUUAUACCAAUUUUGCUCUCAAACAUGGCAUAUGCUGACGAUGAUGAAUCUCUUGUGGAAGCUGAGGAGGAUGGAUCUCUUCCAGAUCGAGAUCAGGAUCUGAAACCCCAUUUCCAUUCAUCACGUUUUCAUGGGUCAGAAGAUUUGGAAGAUGAGGAUGAUGACAUUGUAAAUGCUUGGAACUUACGCAAGUGCAGUGCGGCUGCUUUAGACUUUCUCUCCAAUGUGUUUGGGGAUGAGAUCUUACCCACCUUGAUGCCCAUUGUACAGGCUAAGUUGUCUGCUAUGGGUGAUGAAGCCUGGAAAGACAGAGAAGCUGCGGUUUUGGCGCUUGGUGCCAUAGGUGAAGGUUGCAUUAACGGUCUCUACCCACAUCUCUCUGAGAUUAUUUCUUUCCUUAUUCCACUCUUGGAUGACAAGUUUCCUCUGAUAAGGAGCAUCUCCUGUUGGACACUGUCACGUUUCAGCAGAUACAUUGUUCAGGACACUGCUCAUCACGAAGGUUAUGAUCAAUUCGACAAAAUACUAACAGGGCUACUGCGAAGAAUACUGGAUGAUAAUAAGAAGGUCCAAGAAGCUGCUUGCUCAGCUUUUGCCACUCUGGAAGAGGAAGCUGCAGACCAGUUGGUACCUCGUCUGGACGUCAUUUUGCAACACUUAAUGUGGGCCUUUGGGAAAUAUCAGAGGCGAAACCUUAGAAUUGUAUAUGAUGCUCUUGGAACAUUAGCAGAUGCUGUUGGAGGCGAAUUAAAUCAGCCUUCACAUCUUGAAAUCUUGAUGCCUCCAUUGAUUACAAAGUGGCAGCAGCUUUCAAACUCUGACAAAGAUCUCUUCCCUCUCCUUGAAUGCUUUACGUCUAUAGCUCAGGCACUGGGUACUGGAUUUUCACAGUUUGCUCAGCCGGUGUUCCAGAGAUGCAUAAACAUCAUCCAGACUCAACAACUUGCAAAGGUGGAUCCUGUUUCUGCUGGGGCACAGUAUGAGAAAGAGUUCGUUGUUUGCUGUUUGGAUCUCCUCUCUGGACUUGCUGAGGGUCUUGGACCUGGCAUAGAGAGCUUGGUUUCACAAAGUAACUUGAGGGACUUGCUCCUGCAAUGCUGUAUGGAUGAUGCCCAUGAUGUCCGUCAAAGUGCUUUUGCCCUACUGGGAGACCUUGCUAGAGUUUGUGCAGUUCAUCUACAUUCUCGUUUAGCUGAAUUUCUCAACGCUGCUGCUAAGGAAUUGAACACCCCGAAGCUCAAGGAAACUGUUUCUGUUGUCAACAAUGCAUGUUGGGCUAUUGGAGAAUUAGCGGUUAAGGUUCACAAAGAGGUAUCUCCUGUCGUUCUGACUGUGAUCUCUUGUUUGGUUCCAAUACUUCAACAUCCUGAGGGCUUGAACAAAUCACUCAUCGAGAACAGCGCCAUUACGCUCGGAAGACUUGCAUGGGUUUGUCCAGAGCUCGUCUCACCACACAUGGAGCAUUUCAUGCAGUCUUGGUGCAUUGCUUUGUCCAUGAUACGUGAUGACAUAGAGAAGGAAGAUGCUUUCAGAGGUUUAUGUGCAAUGGUUAGAGCAAAUCCAUCUGGAGCUUUAAAUUCUCUUGUUUUCAUGUGCAAGGCUAUUGCAAGUUGGCAUGAAAUAAGGAGUGAGGACCUUCACAAUGAAGUCUGCCAGGUCUUGCAUGGAUAUAAACAGAUGCUUAAGAAUGGAGCAUGGGAACAAUGCAUCUCGUCCUUGGAGCCACCUGUGAAGGACAAGCUGCUCAAGUAUCGAGUCUAGUGAUCUUCUUAUACUCGGCUGACUCGGAACAGUGUCGUUUGGUCUGCUUACGUAUUGUUAUCCAUUUACCUUCUUCUCGAUUAAUCAUGGAGCCAUUUGAGCCUUAGUCGCGUUUCAGUCAUGAUCUGCUUCAGUAAUUCUGUCGAAACUUGAAGGUUCUUAUAUACUCCUGAAGCUUAAACAUGUCUGGAUUUGUUAAAAAGUAGUGUUUACUGGGAAACUGGGCAGAACUACAUGGGAUGUACUAUUAGACUCUCUUGCCCUUCUCUCACGGGGGCUUUAUACAGAAGAAAAGGUCGAUCCAAAAGGUUCAGAUUUUGUGUUUUCUUUUNGUUUUUUUUUUUUUCCUCAGAGAGAAAUAAUGGCACAUAUGCCUUGAGCAUGGUGAGUUUAUGGAUUUGCUUAAAGUGUUAAACAUUGUAUUUCCCUUUUCACAACAUCCAUUUUAUAG